ACGGAAACAACCACCCCGCCUGCAUAAUCGCAUGACCCGGCAUCCUGAAUCCCAGCAGCCGUUCCAUUCAAUUGCCACUGAUUCCUGGCGGCUGAGAGCGACGACGGCGAAGACAGCACAGUGAAGGAGGCAAAAAUACCGCCUAUAACAGUGUGGACUGCAAGGGAGAAGGGAGAAAAAAAAGACAAAAAAAAAGAAGCAAAACCCGCACCCGUCCCGCCCACUGGCACCCCCUCCCUCGGUCUAGCGACGCAAAAUUGGUUCCCGUCUGUCUGGUGUAACCACACCACCCACAGCUGCACCUCGCCCAUUAUUGGCAGCGCUCAACACACCACCAACCAACGCCCCGACUGCAGCUGCACCUCUGCAAGCCGCAGCCUUCACCAAGACUACCGCCGCCGCCUCGUAUCAGCCGUCCGAGCAGAAUUGAAGACUCGACCCGACCAGGCCCGCUGGGGCCCGACUGCCGCGCGAGAGUCAUUGACACAGUCGUUGAGACACACGGACGGCACGCAAAUAAAUACCCAACCUACCCCUUGGCCAGCCAGCCGAGCGACCUUCCUGGCAAUCGUAAUCCACAAAACAGCGCGCGAUCCUGCAGCAAAAGCCUGUCUUGUGCCCAGUGCUGCCCCUCCACCCGCCCUAGCAAACUCAGCAGGAGAGCACGUCCGCGCCGUCCACAUCCGACGAACCGGGAAACCUUCGCGCCGCCGCUUUGGUGCUGCUUUGGUCACCUGUGCUUCCUGCAUCUGCCAUCCUUCGGAGACGCGCUCCCUGACAGGCCCCAUUCCGUUGUCUGCCCGCCCCUUUAGCGAAACCGGCGCUGUGGGAGGGCCCAUUAUUCUUAUAAAGCUGCUCCCCGCACCUCGACUUCCCUCGCCCUUUUCCCACCCUCUGGCCCAGCGCGUUGCCGGCUACGGUUCUUAGACCACGACUUGGUUUCUAGACCAAACCAGUCAGACAUAAGGCACAGGCCCUCGCCCUGCGUUGCUUCGCCUGCUGUCUGCGGUCGCAUUCCGCGGGAACCCGCGUCAUCGUCCGCGCGGUGCGACGCCAGUGGCUGUUUUCCUCCCGGUUGGAAUAUUCUAGCGGGCCGACUACCUUCAGGUGCGUUGCGCGUCGGGAGAGAAGCAACAAGUGGAUAAAGGACGCCCGACCCCUGAAGCCACGAGCGGCGGCGUGCAGCGGACCAUUUUGGUUCAGGGCCAAAGCAAGCAGCCACUAACCUGGGGCUUGUGACGCUACUUUUAGGCCCUGACCUAGUACCUAGGUACUUGGCUUAGCUUCGCUAAACCUCGAACCCCACAUCCGCACCCAUAUAGCCCAUCACGAUCGCGAAAACCGAAGCCGGCAAGACAAACCCAGAGACCAAAACGCAGGCGCGAGACGGGGGAGCGAAAGAGAGGGAGAGAGAGAGAGAAAGAACUCGGCAAACCCAGGAAAAAUGGCCGCCUCACACCCAACACUGACGACACCUUACGAGGAGCGGGCUAAAACGGCCGGCCACCCACUCAGUUCAUACCUCCUCCGGCUGAUGGAACUCAAGGCCUCGAACCUAUGUCUGAGCGCCGACGCCACCAACGCCCGCGAGCUGCUACAACUCGCCGACAAGGUCGGCCCCUCGAUUGUGGUCUUCAAGACGCAUUACGACCUCGUGGCCGGCUGGGACUACAACCCGCAGACGGGUACGGGCGCCAGGCUCGCCGCGCUGGCCCGGCGCCACGGGUUUCUCAUCUUUGAGGACCGCAAGUUCGCCGACAUUGGCAAGACGGUGCAGCUGCAGUACACGGGGGGCACGGCGCGCAUCGUGGAGUGGGCGCACAUCGUCAACGUCAACAUACAGGCCGGCAAGGAGGUGGUGCGCGCCAUGGCCGAGGCCGCGGCGCACUGGCGCGAGCGCAUCAAGUAUGAGGUCAGGACCAGCGUCACGGUCGGCACGCCCAUAUCGGACAGCUUCGACGAGGACCAGGACGAGGAGGUGUCGCCGACGACCACCGGCAGGUCACAGCAGACGCCCACGCUAGCGCAGCGCCGCCAGACGUCGCCCCACCACGAGUCGGCCGCGGCCAAGGCGCGCAAGAACAGCGGGCAGUCCGGGCUCGCCGUCGGGGCCGUGCCCAUCCCGCAGCCCUACUGCCGCGACUCGGUCGACGGGCGCAAGGGGAGCAUCGUGUCGAUAACGACGGUGACGCAGUCGUACGAGCCGGCCAACUCGCCGCGGCUGUCCAAGAGCAUGGCCGAGGGCGGCAUCGACGAUGUGGUGUUCCCGGGCAUCGAGGAGGCGCCGCUGGAGCGCGGGCUGCUGAUCCUGGCGCAAAUGUCGACGGGCGGCUGCCUCAUGACGCCCGAGUACACGCAGGCCUGCAUCGAGGCCGCGCGCGACAACAAGGGCUUCGCCAUGGGCUUCGUGGCGCAGCAGGCGCUCAACAGCGACCCCGACGACUCCUUCAUCCACAUGACGCCCGGUUGCAAGCUCCCGCCAGAGGGCGACGACGACGAGGACGACGGCGAGCUCGAGGGCGAUGGCCUGGACCAGCAGUACAACACGCCGUCGCUGCUCAUCGGCGACAAGGGCACCGACAUUGUCAUUGUCGGCCGCGGCAUCAUCAAGGCCGGCGACCCGCAGUCCGAGGCCGAGAGGUACAGGCGCAUAGCCUGGAAGGCCUACCUGGCGCGCCUGCCGCAGCCCUAGCCCGGCCGGAGCCGCCGCGGUGCGCUGCCGCCUCAGAGGCGCGACAGGCCGCUCCCGCCCUUGCCGGAGUAUUUUGCCGACCUGUUUUCGGCCCCUCCUAAGCGUCUUUUCCGACAAUAGGGAGGGUGCUUUCUGUUUUAUUUUAUUUUUUUGUUUUUAUUUUUUGCUUCCUUCUUUUCUUCUUCCUUCUCAGUAUGCCAUAUCUCACUGCUAGGCGCAAUGGUCUGAAAACGGCAAAGGAAUCAUCACAUGCAGUGGGAAUAGUAUUGCAUCCCUUUUUUUUUUUUGCACGCGAUGGUACAGGAGUGAAUGGUGUUUUAUCCCCCUCUACGCGAGAGGCGGCUUUUUUUUUGAACUUUUAUUCUUAUUCAUUUUAUUUUAUGUACAGGCUAGCGGAAGGGUUUGACAUCAUGGUUGCUGGAGAGGUGAAAGUGAGUGUGCGUGCGGUAUGUUUGUCGUUUUUAUUCCUCGCGCGCGGGCGGCUUCCUUAUUGCGCCGCCUCGUGUCUGAACCAUCAUAGCCCUGCGAUUCUUUCCGACGUGGGUAGCUAGGCAGGAAUACCUAUUUCACCUAGUUUAUAGGGCUCCAACGGCAAGGGCGAGCUGAGAACAAAACAAAACCAUUUUUCUGCCCCGCGACUUGUGCUUCUCUAUAUCACUCAUGGAACAUAU